ACCGGGAAAGUGGCACAUUUCACACAGUAUUGAUUUGAGCCUUACAUUAGCCCUUCGUACAAAAACAGUUUUCGCAUUUGCGGUAAUUAAACCACAAGCUUCCUUCCGGCUCAUUAUUAAUAUAGAUGUUAGUUGAGCAGUUAUGGAAAAUCGGGAAUUGUCACAGCUUCGUAGUUGCAUAAUUGAACAGUAGACCCUGGAGCGAAGGUGUUGUGAAAUGCGCGUCGAAGACUUAUAGUUGCCAUGUCUUCGGAGUUCACCCUCGAUAUCCAGCUGACAGAGUUGGGUUUUCCAUGCUGGAAUUUCCCUCUCGGUGAGCCACAGAGUGUUAAGGAAACAUUUUUGCCAACGCAGAAUGGCACUGAAAAGUCAUCACCUGAGACUGAAACACUUGCAAACUGUCAUGAGGAUGCCUGCGUUGUACCAAGUGCAUCUCAUGACGAAAGCUUUCUGCAGGACCAUCAAUAUUCCUCUCCCAUCAAACAUAGCUCUACAAUUAACACUCAGAGCGAUUCAAAAAUAAUCACCACAGAAAACAGGGAUAAAAACAUUUGCAAUCAGUGGACCAAAAACAAAAGUUGUAGGGCAGAACUGAAAAACAAUGACAAAGAGCAAAGCAGAGAAGAGGAAAAGAAAAAUGAGAAGGAACAGAGAGAUUCAGAGGUGAGUGAGGAAGCUGUCAGUCUUGUUAUGGAUGACGAUAUGUCUGGUGAAGAAAUAACAGAUGAAGAUGCAGAAUUUGAUCUGACUGAGGAUGAGGAUGAGGAGGAGGUGGUGGUGGUGGAAGAAGAAGAAGAUGAUGAUGGUUCUUGUUCAGAGGAGAAUGGAUCUGGUGAGAAUGAAGAACAUAACUGCCAUGUGUGUGAUCUUACCUUGACCUCUCUAUUCUUACUUCGAGAACACUUAAAUAUGCACACAGGUGUUCGCCCCUACCGCUGUGAUGAAUGUGGCAAGCAGUUCUGUCAAUUAGUCAACUACCGUACACACCUACGUUCCCACUCGCAAAAGGCUUCCAUUCACUGUCGUGUUUGCUCAACUAACUUUGAGACAGAGGAACAGCUCCAGAAGCACUUGGACACUAAUCAUUUUGAGAACGAGUUCUAUCAAUGUGAUUUCUGCAAGCAGAUUUUCACUAACCUAGAGGUGUGCAAGGAUCAUGUAGAAACACACAGGCAACAGGCAAAACGACAUUUGUGCCUCAAAUGUGGCUCAAGUUUCCGCCAUCGCAAAUCCCUGCUCCGUCACCUGGAAUGGCACAGCAGAGGUGGCUUUUCCUGCACUGACUGUGACCAGAUGUUCUUCAGCAAGGCUGCCCUAUUACGCCACAGUUUCUCUCACGCAGGUGUUUUGCCUUAUACGUGUCUAAAGUGCAAACGGCAUUUCCGCUUACCCUCUCUCUACCACAAUCACGAAUGUAAGCCAGAGCACAUCCAGUGCAUGGCUUGUUUGGUGUUCUUUCAGAGUCAAGAGGACUUUGAAAGGCAUAAGAAGGACACAGGAUGCUGGGGCCAUCAAGGGACCUUGCCUACGAAGACUGAUGAGAUCCGUUGCUUGGAGUGUGGCCAAAUCUUUGCGAGCAUUGAAGAAUUGAAGAAGCAUGGGAGCACUCAUCAGAGGGUCCUGAAAUGUGCUGAAUGUGGGAUGGGUUUCCGCUCAGCACUCAUGCUUAUGUCACACAUGGGGGGGCAUGCAGGACAGCGGCCAUGUCUCUGCAAAGACUGUGGCCUUGGCUUCCCACAUCAACAGGGGUAUGACAGCCACCUCAAAACGUGUGGACUGGUGACUCCACCAGUGGCUGCUGCAAAGAAAUCUUGACUGAAAGAAUCCCCCUCUUCACAAAGAAUGAUACCAAUUGCUCCUAACAUAUUCUUACAAACUGUUGCUCAGGGCUCAAACCCUGCAACUUUCUCACAUAGCAUGACGGACCAAAAUAAGCCUACUGAUGGUGUAUGGAAGCUUACUUUAAAUAAAGAGCCUCCUCCAGGUAUGCCUUUAGUCAUGCUUUUGCCAGUUCCCGCUACCAGCUCACCCACCUCAGAUCCUACAAAGAGCUCCCAAAACUUUUUACCUUCCUCUCUAGUCUUAGAAACACCCUCGUCUGCUUCACGAAUCAUUUCCAUGCCAGUUAUCCCACCCAGCCCUGUUAAUAGUACAGAAACUAGUAACAACAUUGUGGAACAAUCCAGAACCAACAUUCCCUCAAAUAUACUGAUACCAAUGGUAAAUGAUGACAGUUCUUCUAAAGAAGAGGUGGACCAUCAUCGAAGAUAAGAGCUCCGUUGUCUUUGGUACGGAAAAUUUAUCAAAAGUAGGUGAACAAGCUUCAGGUGAGGUGGAGCUGAAUCAGGGACUGAACGUUACCAGACAUUUAGAGGCAGAGAAUGAGCAAAAAUGUCAAUCAAAAGCAAAACCUAAUGCACUAAAUGAUGAAAAAGUGAGUUUAUCUGAUGCUGCAUCUCUCCAUCCCAUGGCAGGGCUAGAAAGUACUGUCCCUUUAAAGAUAAAAGCAGAGUCUUUGGUAACAGGCUCUUAUAGUCCUGUCCCUGGUUCUUCAGAAAUUACCAUAGAAAAAGAUCAGAUCAAAAAGGCUGAAGAUGUCGCAUCAUUUGACAGGAUAUGUGUGAAGUCAGAAAUGGAAAUGAGCUCUAGUGGGGCCAAAUCAGAAAAUUUCCUGCAGGGGGGAAACGCAUGUGCUUUAUAUGUAGAUGUUGAUAUUAAUGACGAAAUGGACUCAAGCAGCAUGGAGGUGGAGAUUGCUGAUGAAGACAGUGGAGUGGAUAUGUUGGAAGGUGAGCUUCAUGAGUGUGUGACUUGUGGAAAAGUCCUUCCUGAAAAGGAUAUGGUCCAACACUACAUGACGCAUGCAGCGGUCACUGACAGUCCCAGGCGCUCUCCUAUUAAAUGUGCCUCUGACUCCACAGACCAUUGUCUGUCCACAACCCCUCCAUGUAGCCCAUCAAGGAAAAGACAAAAAUCUAACACAGAUCUGUGAUGUUUUGUUCAAGUGUGGUAAUGCAAACUCGAUUAAUCUUUAGUUUACUGCUAAAGGAAGUCAAACAGAUUCUUAGUUAACAGGCUGACAUUGCAUUUAUCUUUUCUUUAUAAUUUUUGCUAUUAUCAUUAUUGAUUUGUUGAGUAACAUUUGCACCACUUUUUGCCUACCUAUUCGUCUAUUUAGAAAUGUAUUCUUGAAAAAUAGUAAAUGGAAUUGUGGAACAGAUUGCUGUAUGCUAAAGCCAAGUGUGUUUGCACUUUUUUCACAGUAUCUUAUUACAUUUCUUCUUUGUCUGUAUGUCAGCAUGUACGAUACAAUAAAUGUAAAUUGGGACAUUGGGAAAAGGCUUUCUUUUGUUACUCAUUUAAAAAUAAUACAUUAAAAAAUUACUUGUGUGAAAAUUGACCAAUUAAUUUAAUUGUGUGAUAACUUGGUGACAUGGUUUUCCUUGUACACAGCAAACCAAAUUAGUUGAGGUGCACCUGCUGUGGCUAAAAUAUCAAGCCAGUAGCAGCAGAGUUUAAGGAUGGGGAAUGAUCACUGUUUUAAGAAAGGAAUUUCAUGGUAAAUGUUCUUGUGUUGUGUUUAGGCAGUGUUGGAUCAGCAUUGUAAUUCUGCCCUGCCUUAACUGACUGUGACUCUGUACUAUAUCCUCUACCCUCACUUUCUUAGUUGCUGAGUAUGCUGUAAUAGCUGAAACUUGUCAUUCAUGGAACUGAUGCAUAUUUAAAAAGAUUCCAUUAUAGCGAUUUGUUUUAAUUGUGCCCAGGCUGAAUUGACGAUGGAGCAGAUGCAGGCCUUUCUGUUGCUCAGAAGGGAAAGAAAAUGUUUUAUUCCUCUGUCAAAAAAGGUUAAUAUUAAGCUAAUACUAUAGGCCACAUAGUGGCAGAAAAUCAAGUAAAUCCACUGCAAAAUCAGUAAAUGUAUAGAAGGUAUAUUAUACUUCUGUAUUUCAGAGAUGUUGGGAAUUAUGUGGUACAAUGUGGUUUUACUUUACUUAAAUGUAGAAUAAUUUGCUCACAGAUCUGUUGCAUUGUACUUUGGUCUCUUCCAAGAUUUUGUAAUGUGUAUAUAAAUUAACAUGCUAAUAUCA